CUGAGCUGGAUAACUCACAGGAGGAAAUGUCUUUUAAAUGGACCAAGGAGAAGACGGAGGAGUUUAUCAGGCUGCGGGCCUCCAAAGAGGCCUUGUUUACUGGGGCCAAGCAUUCAGCCAGUGUAGCCUGGAAGGCAAUACUGGAGCAGAUGAAAAUAGACAAAUUAGUUACCACAGUGCAGGCAAAGAAGAAAUGGGACAAUUUAAAAAAACGUUAUAAGAAGUGCAAAUAUCCYGGCUCGGGAGAAGGAGUUGCUGGGAAGCCCACUGUGGAGACUUGGCCCUGGUUUGUCCUCACAGAUGAGGCAUUGAGACGAAAACCAUCGAUGAAGCCCCCCGUCCUACUGAGCUCCAUCCCUGAUGACAGACCGGGACCAAGCACCGCAGUGGGGUCACAACAAGCAGAGGACGAGGAAGAUGAACGGACGACUGGUCCACCAGCACGGAAGAGGCCGAGGAGGAAUGGUCGAGAUGACGAGCUGAUUGACCUCAUCAAGGAGGACAUUAGGCUGCAGAGGGAGGCAGAAGAGAGGCGAGCACAAGAGGGGAGAGAGUAUAUGGACAGGUUGUUCUCUCUCCUCGAGACAAUUGCCAAGAAGUGACCAUUUACUGUGCUCUGACUUGUAAAUAUUUUUUUUUAUUUGUUUGCAGUGAUUCCCCUUGCUUUUAAUUUUUAUGUU